UAUGUUUGGAAAUUCUGAAUGAAACGUCAAACAGAAUGAAAUUUAUUAAAAUUCCGCCUUUGACUUGACAUAUUCAUGCACUCGAUAAACAUACAUAGAACUUUAAAAACUGUUUCAAUUGAAAUAGCCAUUUGGGGAGUGUAAUUGUGACAAUGGCUUUAAUAAAUCAAUUAAAUACUUUGCGAUUGGAUUAUUUGGACCAUGGCUGGGUGCAAGCUAUUUACAAUUCGGAGUUUCUGGAGUUUGAUGAUUUGCCGCCAGAAUAUGAGGACUUUACGGGCACUUUAGAAAUGACAUCUUUAUUUGCAGAUAUAAUACGUUCAACAGAAAAUUGGUUAAACUCUGAAGAAAUACCUCCAAAUGAAAGGACUUGGGCUCAAUUAUCUCACUUAAUUCCUUACAAAAAGAUUUUAGCUAUCAUAGCAUACUACAUAGAUCGCGGAUGCAAAAACAUUGAUACCAGAGAAUAUAGAAAUCAGGCAUUAUUAGCAUCUCGAGUUUACUACAAGUUGCUGUCAAUACCAGGAUACAAAGCUUAUAAUAUAUACCACUCACAACUGUUUGCCCAGUCACUUACGUGUUUGGUAUUUCCAAAAACUAUGUCCUUGCAAAGGAGCAACCUCAGCCCCAGGGCUCUUACGUCAGAACUGAAUUCUUUGCUGGCCGACUUGGUAGCAUAUGUUGCAGAUUUGAAAGCUGUUGUUGGCAGUUUACACCUGUCUCCAACAGAUAUGAAUUUUGAAGAUAUUUUAAGCAAUUUGGUAGAUGUGACUAGCUGCGACAUAGUCACUAAAAAUAACAUAGAUAAAACAAUUCUUCAAAAUAUAAUUGGCAUGAUACUGGGUAUUAUCGACGGAUUAUUGCAAACAACAAAUCAAGAACCAAAUGAAAUUGCAAUAAUGCUGCUGUUUAAAUGUAUGAUACCCAAGUUAACAGCAUCAUGUAUGGAACACAAGAGUUCUGAGAAUUUAACACAAUCAGCGUAUGUGACAUAUUCAUUUUUGAUAAUAACUAAAUAUGGCACAGCAGCAAUACCAAGUUAUGCAUUGAUGAUUGAGUAUUUAUGCUACACUGCAGAUGGGCUGGAACGCUAUGAAGUUCGCGAGCGUAGAGCUGAAUUAGUUGUAGGUUUGAUGUCUGCUUUGACUCCACUGCCUUUCAAAAAAAUCUUUCAAUGGAUAAUAGAAUUAUCCAACACAGCGAAACUGGUACAUCGACAGGUUGCAGUGGAAAUUAUGUCUCAUAUGAUAGAAAAAGAUAUUAAAGAAACUCCUCCAGAACAUGACAGGGAAUCAGUUUUAGCUGAUACAACUGAAGAACAAGAACCUCAACCAACCAACACUGCAGUUGAAGAAAUGACUGACAGUAGACCUCAUUCAGGUGAUAAUAUUAUAAUGGCCUGCCAACAGACUAGUGCAGUAGACGGGCCAGGGCUUCCACUUUCAGAUGUGGAAAGACUGAGUCUGCUACAAGAACGACGACAUAGGGUGCCAUACUCGGAGAUCUUUCGCGCGGUAUUCGAUCGAGUGAACGAUGACUCGGGAUCAUUGCGACAGCGCGCUCUCGGAUUCUUUACAUACUGUCUGACCAUCCAACGCCCAGUUAUGGUCAAUGCUAUCAAGGAAGUGAACGGUUUGGGCGCGGUGCCGCGGCUGCUGGUGGCGGGGGCCCGCAGCGCGUGUGACGAGCGCGCCGUGGUGCGCAAGGCGGCGGCGCUGCUGGUGCUGCGUCUGCUCUGCUCGCGCUGCAUCCCCGAGCCCAGGCCCGACGACGUACUCGUCCUGGUGAACCUGUGUCGCGACGCCAGUAUUAUAGUGCGGACGGCUGCUAUCAGCGGCUUGGGCGAGCUGGUGGUGCUGCGGCCGACGGACGUGGUCGUAGAAGCCUUCCUCACCGGCCCCAUGCAUCAGGUCACUGACCCUGAAGCAAAAGUACAAGAACAAGUGCUGAAUCUAAUUGAGGAUGUACUAAUCAGACGAGUGAGUCUAUUUAGAGGGCCAGAUAAGGAAGACCCGCUGCCGUGGUUGAUCCUUGCUGGCAUAUUGCGCCGGAAAAUGAAGAGACACUUGCAGAAAAUCUGCUUUAUGAUGUCCAAGUCAUCUCAAUGCAUCAAUCACCGGCUCGUGGACAAGCUGAGCACCCACCUGGGAGCGCUGAGCGACGAGCGCGACGUGCAGUGCUUGCUACUGCUCACCUGCGUCGCCAGGCACGUCGACUAUCCCGACGUGGGAUUCGUACUCGACUACUACUACAAACUCACUGAUAAUGAAGAUCUGCAUGACGUUCGAGCGUUGUCGCUUACCUUGGACUUGUUGGGCUCGUGGUCACGGUUCGUGCUAUCACACGAUCGAACUCUGUUGCGGGAUCAUCUCGUUCGCCGUCUAGCUGCAGCAACGGAUGAUGGAUGCCGAAUAUGGAGCGCUCAGCUGGCAGCUCAACUAGAUUUUGAUAAUCUGUCGUGGGCUACAGAAAUGAUGCAGUUGUCGGAGCGUCGCGUGGCGGAGUCGGGCGACGUGCUGGAGGCGCUGCGAGCCGCCGACCUGUCGCUCGUGGCGCCCGCGCCGCCCUCGCCAGUGCUGCUCAAGUUCUUCCUCAACGCGCUCAACGAUCCGCUACCAGAGUGGGACGAGGUGGUGUACGGGUCUUUGGUGGCGGGCGCGGGGCGCAUGUGUGUGCGCGAGCGCGAGGCGGCCGCGCAGGUGGCGCCGCUGCUCGCCGCGCUGCUGUCGCGCCCGCGCGAGCCGCUCAACGUGCGCCUCAACUGCUUCGCCGCGCUCAGCGACAUAUGUGCCAGGUACGUGACUGCGCCGCUGCUCGCCGCGCUGCUGUCGCGCCCGCGCGAGCCGCUCAACGUGCGCCUCAACUGCUUCGCCGCGCUCAGCGACAUAUGUGCCAGGUACACGUGCAUAGUGGAGCCGCUGCUGGGCUCGAUGUGCGACUGCCUGUUCACGGAGGCGCCGGCGGCGCUGCGGCGCAAGGCGGCGCGGGAGCUCACGCGCCUGCUGCUGGGCGGCUUCCUGCGUCUGCGCACUCCGCUCUACUACCGGUACUGCGCACUCCUGGCGGACGAAGACGACGAUGUUCGCGAGCCGGCCGAGUACUACGUGACAUGCGGCCUCACUACUGACUCGAUCUAUCAUCACUUCGUAGAGUGUGUGCUCUAUUAUAACCACGAAGAGAAAGAUCGCAUAGAUUUCGACGACCGUCAAUUGAUCUACGACGUGAUGCUACAACGUAUGUCAAUAGUACAAAAGCUCAACAUUCAGUGUCGCCUCGCGCGGGAAGUAUUGGAGCAUGCCGCCGAUCUGACUGACGAAGGCGAUGGGGAACUACCCCCGGAAAUUAACGCUGCCUUACUCGACACUAUCACUCUCCUUUGUGGACCUAGGAUGAAACUACCUAAAAAACAAAAGCCGUCCGAGGUGAAUGACAUAGACGAAUUGCAGGAGCGUGUCACCAAUAACAUUGUCUCUCAUAAAAUGAAGAUCACCGUAGCGGAGGUGUUAGUGCCCGCGGUGCUGAGAUUGCACUCGCGGCUCAAGUCGCGAGGCGGACAGAUCAACACUUAUCUCAUUCACAUUGCUAGUGACUUGCUGAAGGAUUACGAACUAGAGAUCAAGGAGUUAUUUGAAGACAACGUGGAGCUGAUGAAGUCCAUCCAGCUGUUCCAAGAAACGAUCGGGCUGGAGGUGACGUUCGGCAACGUGCGCAACCUGGUGACGUCCACCGCGCCCGCCGAGCCCGACACCCCCCGCGCCCCGCGCCGCCGGCCCCGGCCCCCGCCCGUCACGCCGAGGAAGCGGGCUCUGCGCAUUUGACACCCGUACUUGACUAUAGACCUCGACGAUAUGCCCAUCUACGAUGACUUCCGCUCCAGAAACAUCACCGUGCGGUCUCUGUCCGCAUCCGACACUUCAGACAAUGAACGGUCGACUCCUGCUGACGAAUCGGCUAGGUCUGACCGGGCGAGUUCGCGUAACCAGUUACCGGUGCCUGCGGCGUCGCAGCGGCCGGCAACUCGCGCUAGAGGCUCGCGGAGACCCUCCACUGCACGGCGAGUGUCGCCGAACACUAGACGAACGCAGAAUAUAUGUUGUUUACCAAGAUCAGUAUCGAGUACUCCCAGAAGGACAAACGUUCCUCCGAAGCGUGGAUACCACGCGCCUACGCCAAAAUAUUAUGACUAUUUAGAUUUUCUAAGGAGAGUCAUGAAAUUAAGUCAACAUCAGAUAGCACGUACAACGGGUCAGUCAUUUGCGCAACCAAGUCCUAUAGUGAGUCCGGCAAGAGAUACUCGCAGACGUAUCGUUCGUACAGAGAGUGAAUCAGAUGAUUUGUUUGAUAAAGUAGUAAGACAACCCAGCACUUCUAAAAAGUCAAGAGAUCUGUCGCAAAGGUCUAAGCGUCCAGCUAAAGAUACAUUUGAUUAUACAAAAUUACCUCCUAGCACUUCUCAAGGGGCACACAGUCAGCUCACACAGUUGAUUAGUUCAAGACGGCCGCCGCAGCAUUCUAUUGAUCGUGGAAAAUCUCUACCCAGCUUUACAAAAGAGGCACAAAUUCUGUUGACAGAUAUCGGGCGCAGUUUGGAUGAUUUAUUUGACUAUACAAAAACUCUACCCUGCACUUCAAAAGAGUCACAGCGACUACUUGAAUGCUCUUCAAUGGGUGCUCGUAGACGGUUUAGGGAAACGAGGCCUGUUUCGGAAGAUUCAUCUGAUUCUACGUCCUUACCAAGAACACCUAUAAGUUAUGGUGGUCCAAAAAUUCGGGCUAGUCCGGAAGGUUCCGCGCAUUUGCGGCGAAUACAUCCACCUGAACGUUCCUCGUCGGAAGACCUUUCCAUUGAUACAUUUAGUGCACUCGGACUUAGCCAACUAUGCGCUGAUUCAGAUAUUGAGCUGUCACCGACGACUGACACAUCGCGAGUCGCAUUUGCUAUUCCUUCAAAACCUUUACCUGCUGACCGUAACCCCGAGAAAAAUAAAACAAAACUAGAAGACACACGCUUGACAAAACGUGAUCGGAGACAAUCAGAGACAGUAACACGUCCACAUAAACUGAAGCCUAGCUUAUCUGUCUCGUUACCUCUACCAUCCAAUUUUAACGCUGAAAUACUGAAAAAACUUCAAUGCCAAAAAACUGAUACAGGUCGCUUUAUAAAAGUAACAUCUGCAGAAAUGUCAAAAGAUGGCAAAGCUGAGGUUCAAAGCAUCUUAAAGGAAGAUAAAAUACCGUCGAAGCGCUCACGCAAUAUAUCGGAAGGACAGAUUCCGAAAAAAAAACAAAAACUGUCAGUAUCUCUGCCUUUGCCACCAAAUAUUGACUUAAAAUCAUUGCAUGCAAGACGCUUUUCUUUAGAAACUACACCGACAAUCGCAACAGAAAUCGCAACUGAGUGUGUCCCCGUAGUUUCACUUCCCGAAACCUCAAGACUCGAAACUAAUACAGCUAAUGCUGCGGCGGAUGAUAUAGGUGAAGGUUACAUUUGUCCUGUACCUGGCCUCUCGUAGUGUCGAAUCGCCUAUACUUAGAGGUAUAUCACCCACUCCAGUAGAGCCAGUAAUGUAUGUUUGCGAGCCAGAUUUACCAAGUGUUGCACCAUCACCAUUGCCUGGCGUUUCCAGACAAAACACUGAUUCGUUUAGAUUUAAACCCUAUCCAAGGUAUACUGCGCCUAGGCCUUCGUACCCACGAUACCCACGACAGUCAUGGAGAGCCUCAGCUGGUCAGUACAAUUCAUCAACUGGGUUAUCAAGAUAUGCAUCCGGCUUCGGUACGGGAUAUGGUUCAGGACCUGCAAGAUAUACACGUCCUUUAAGACCCGUGAGCCCUACAAGGGGUGGAUCACGGCCGCCUUUUGUUCAAAAUCGACACUAUUUUCGUGAAUCGAAUCCACCUACAUACUAUACACCUAGGACACCGACGUUUUCACCUGGUCCGUUUACAGAUCAGUUUGAGCAAAGAAACAAUGUGCCCCGACCAUCAAUAGCUGAAUCAAGUCAGCAGAGGUAUCCUUUUGGUUACUCAAGUAAUGAACCAUGGCCAAGAUCGCAUUUGUCUCGCGGACCUCCACCACAGAGAUAUAACGUCCGUCACCCAAGACAGCAUGGAUAUACCUCAAGAUAUUCACCUUAUUCAUAUACGAAUAAGGCUCGUAGGAAGUAAACAGCACAAUUAAUAUACUGAGUGUUUCUUUACGCGGUCGGCACUGGCGUCUGUCAUGUAGGUACGAAACAGGCCAUCGUCGAGACUCGCGUAUAUAGCAUAUCAGCAUGGUGCUUCUUAAGACAAUAGUGAAGCAAGUAAAGUGAUUUUAGUAUUGUAAGCGAUUUCGGCAUUCAAAAGGCGUCACGUAGAAUGUGGCCUACAAAUUCAGGGUAAAUGUUCACUAGGCUAAUUAUGUAAAUAUGUUUAAAAGUGCAUCCACGCUACAGUUACGUUUUCCUUAAAAACAAUUUCAAAAGUGUAACAUAAAGGGGUCUACACACCAAAGCCGCUGACCCGGCGGCACAGCCCGGCGGCUUAGUGCCGGCAGGUUAACCCGGCGGCUUCAGAAUGUCCAAGCCGAACGACUUUGCCGGCGGCACGACAGCCGUGGCAUGUGGUGUUCUAGUAAUUGCCAAAUACUCUUGGCGCAUCCACACAUGCCGCCGGCUUAUGCCGCCGGGUUUCAGACCGCCUUGCCGCUGAAUGCAGGCCGCCGGUUUUACCGGCGUUUGCCGGCGGUAAAGCAACAACAAUACCACUCCGUAUCGAAGCCGCAAGUAAACUGCCGCCGGCAACCAAAAGCUGCGCGUGCUGCGGCUUAGAUGCGGCAAACGCCGGCGGCAUGGCCGCCGGCCAUGCCGCCGGCCGUGCCGCCGGGCAUGUGUGGAUGCGCCAUUAGAAAGCCAGCGGGAAACUGACUGAGUGAGUGGAGAGGGAUGCCGUCGGCAUCGGCAUGCUGCCCCGCCGGCUUGCCCGCGCGGGCGCAAGCCGGCGGCAUCAUCAUCAUCAGCCUAUCGCAGACCACUGUUGGACAUAGGCCUCUCCAAGUGCACGCCACUGAGAUCGAUUUUCGGCGAUUUUUGUACAUUCAAGCCGGCGGCAUGAAUGUACAAAAUAAGCCCGGCGGGUUGGGCCGCCGGGCUGUGCCGCCGGCAUCAGCGGCUUUGGUGUGUAGAGCCCUUUUGGUAACUUUUGUGGAAAUUUGCUUAGGGAUGCUCUUCGCUCCAUAUCGCGACUGUAUAUAAUAGUCACUAUAAAAAUUUUUGGAAAUAUGGCUCUAUAUGUAACUGAGGUUUGGAUGCAUUUUAACUUAAAGUUAGUUAACUACUGUACCAAUUUUGGUCAGCGUUAUAAAAAUUAUAAUAUCUUAGACUGUGUAAGAAAAUAUUAGUACAUAUUUAUCAACGGAUGGAAAAAAUAUUUUCUGCGCAUUUUUAGGAUAAUGUGCAAAAUAAUAUGUCAGCUUUGGCUUUUUGUUGCUUUGAUUUGACGUUUUGGACGUAGUUAUGCAGAAACGUUCCAACCCACUGUACGCGUAAAUGCUUAUAUCUCAAAUUCAACUUGAAUUUCAGUUGUAUUCUUUUUUAUUCUAACUAGUAAAGGUACUAGAGGUUUUAUUGUUGAAUUAUAUUGAGUUUAGAUAACCAUAUGCUACAUUUUAGGCUGUUCAAUCACAAUAACUCGAUUUCGGGUGACUUGUGGGUUGGAACGUUUCUGCAUAACUACGUCCUUUUGUAACUGCUAUCUUUUGAUUCUCUCUGACUUGAAUAUUCACACUCAUUAAUUCGAUAUUGAAUGGUCUGAAAACAAUUGCCGUCUUGUGAAAAUAAUGUUUGUACAACCCGUGCCGAUAAAGAAUGGGAUUAGAAAUCGUGACAGCUGUAUUUACCUCUCGCUCAUACACUAUAGCACAUGAGCGAGAGUUGAAUACAGCUGUCGCGAUUUCUAAUCCCAUUCUUUAUCGGCACGGGUUGUAAGUAUAUUUUUUAGUCUUACACUAAUUAAAAUAAACUGACAUUAUUGAUAUUAAUAUUUAACUUUUAAGUUUGUUAUUAUGUAUACAUAUGCAAACCAAAACACACCUGAAGGAAAUUUGAAAAACAACUAUGGCUUUACUAGCAUUUCAAGGGAACUUUAUGUUUGCAAUCGAAUAUAAAGUAUUCCUGCUAUGUACCGGCACUAUUUAUAAGAUGCUAUGAACACGACGACUCUGACACGAACAGCAACACGGACGUCGCAUAUGUUGCAACCAAUGUGGAACCGCACUUGUGUACAUAUAGGCCAGCGUUUGUAUCUCUCACCGGAAAAUAUGCGCCAAUGUGGUGCAAGUAAAGAUACUAAAGUGUGAACUGCAAUUUUGUAUGAUAAAGCAAACGUCUGUACGGUAUGCCUGUCCAAGUGACGGUACCAUAAUAAAAAAUCUCGUGUAAUAAUCGUCGAUGACGCUUUGGGUAGUCGCCGUGUGCAUAGGCCUUAGCUAUGUGCCAAUAUUAUUUAUUUAUAAACAACGGUUGUACAGAUGGUGUCUUUUGGCCUGCAUUAAAUCAAAGAAUUCAUAUAAAUGUAUAUAUUUAAAGUUCUAUUUACAAGUUUUUGAAUAUAUUCUUCUUAUUGUGAAAAUACUUAUUAGAUAGUUUCGGCAUGCGAAGAUUGUCUUUCUAUUGUCGAAUUAAAACUUAAAUACUUAUAAUAAAUAAUAUCAUAAUCA